CGGGCCGAUUUUUGUGAAACACCUUCCGCUCCUUUUAGCGUUCGGCUUGAGCUAACAACACUAACGAGACACUAAACCACACAUUGAGUGUACUCGCAUCUUUUUGUGUUUUAUCAUAGAUUUUGUAACUGAAAAUGACAGACCGUUACAACAUCCACAGCCAGCUGGAGCAUCUUCAGUCCAAGUACAUCGGCACAGGUCACGCAGACACCAGUAAAUGGGAGUGGCUGGUUAACCAGCACAGAGACUCUUACUGCUCCUACAUGGGACAUUUUGACCUUCUUAAUUACUUCGCCGUUGCAGAGAACGAGAGCAAGGCUCGUGUUCGCUUUAACCUGAUGGAGAAGAUGCUGCAGCCAUGUGGGCCACCAGCUGAUAAACCUGAAGAUUCUUAAAGUUAGAGCCACGUACAGUUUGUUUUCUAAGGCUGUACUCUACAUCAGUUCAUUCAGUGAUGAGAGAUCAUAUAUAGAGAUUCUGGACACAUGGGGGGAGUGAUUCGGGUGUUCCGUUAAUCCGCUUUUUGGAGGAUCAGUGAUCUCUCUCUUUAUUUUUUAUUCUGCAUUUUGUAUUAGUUAUUGAACUUCAUGUAUCUCUGCGGAAAAUUAAAGUAAAAAAUGUUUUACUCCUGA